AUGUCAUCACACGAGCCAUUCCUGCCCGAUGUGAAUAUUGAAUUCCCAGAACAGCAGAGAAAAGGAAAUAAGACGGUCUUUGAAAGUCCGAAUGACAACCCACCUUCCGAGUUUACGCUGAAACAUGAAUUGACAGCGACGACGAGCACAGUCUCAGAGACAGAUCCCGAGGAUAGCUUCCCUUCGACCCCUGAUUCCAAAUAUUCAGGCGGCGCACAUUACCCUUUCAUUGGCACCUCUCGUGGAGCCGAAUCGCAUCAAGCGAAGCAUCACAGCAACAACAACCAUCAUUUUUUUCAUCCUUUACGCCAGCCUCCCUGCUUCCAAGAUAUUCAUACUUUUGAUAGCCAACUAGGCAGACCGCAGGCUGAUUACAACAAUCAAUUGGGAGCUCCGGACAGCAAGAGCAAUGAUGUAUUUCUAAAUUUUAUGGAUGAGCUUAGCCCUGCAUCCUGCCGCUAUAUCGUUCAUUACAAGGAAGCUGUUCGUGAACGCCAACGUAUGCGCCUCUUCACAACGUACUGGGAGCUCGAGGAAACGAAUAGGCUGCGCACUCUCCUUACAUCUCUUUAUGCCAAAGCAGACUUGGAGUUCCGUAGAACAGAACGAGAAACACAAGGGCUAUUGAAAGCACUUGUCACGAAGCAGACGCUUUCCCGUACUACGGCAGAUGUCGAGUAUCUCACUGCAACUCGUCAAUGCAACAAGACAUCUCUUCGGGAGACUGAUGCUCAGCUUGAUCUUUUACAAGAUCAUCUCAAGCUGAAGCAGUCGAUCCGCAACUUGGGCGAUACAUCAAAUUGUGCUGCCAACGGCCCAAUGGUACAACUUAUGGGGGUGACGACUCAGCCGCGAGGCAUAUAUCAUGAUGCGAUCCCCGGAGCGGAUUCCAGCCUAGUGGCGUUACCGAGGGACGAGGUAGUUUGCUUCGCAUCCGAGUCGCUGGUGGUACUACCAUUUGCUAGCAUUGGCCAACCGCUGGCUGGCAAUACAUACCCCAAUCAUGAUGACUCUGACUCAGACAUGCUACGAAAUGCAGGAUUCGACCCUACUGCGAUGUCGUUGCAACUUGGCCCUUCCUUGUCGCAACAUGCGCACAGUCACCAGCAUGCAGGAGCUGUUCAGCCGCAUGCGUCUGGUUCUGCUCCCCAGCCGAGUCAUUGGCUUCCCCCCGCCGAUGUCCCUAUCUACCAUGACCAUAAUGACGCCUAUUCUGAACACCGCUAUGAUCCAUCCACCAAUCCAUACCUGCAGGGAAUGCCAGUGAUGCCGACGCCAUCGCCAUGGCACAUUCCAAGCUACCCUCAGGUCCAUACACCCCCAUCCCUCUUUGAUAACCAACUGCUGCCUGCCAACCCGCAGUUCUACGAAAAUUUUAGUUCCUCAUCUGCAGGCAAUCUGGCGCUUGAUGACGAUAUAUCAUCUGUGCCACAGUUACCUCCGAACCAAGGAAUCGCUCUUGACAUCCCAUACCCUUCCUUCAAUCCCAUACACGAUCCGUUUAACCUAGAGGCUCCCACGUAUAUGUCCCCUCCGGAUGUGAAUAACUCUGUGUCUCAGAUGCAUGAUAAUAUCGUGCACAUCGAACCUACUCAAAUCACGCCUUCCAAGAUCGUCUCUGUCACACCACGCUAUCCUAUAAACCUCAAUGCUUUCAUCCCAGAAUUUACUCAACCGGUCCUUUCUAAGGACAGGGACGUGUUGUUACCACCGAAUACCGACGACGAGCCUAUGCGAAACUCCAUCGAGAAUGCGACGAUGCCCAAAGAAGACAGAACCUUCCUUUUCUACGGGGGGCCGAAUGACCGACGAGGAAGGAGGGGAAACCGUGGGGCCAGAUAUAUGGCGCAAGCUCAUCUCAUAUACAACGAUAAAAACAGGGACCACAGGCAUAUCGUAAGGUCUGCAAAGACAGAAAUCACCAAACAUGCCAUUAAUGUCAGUUCGUUGUCGGAUGAGGCGGACAGACUUGAGUUAGUUGAAACGCAAGGAGCCGAAUGGGCGUCGCACAAUCUGGGGACGUUAUAUUUGACUUUAUCCGAAACGUGCAGAAGCAUCAUGCAGUGCUGCAGGAAACACGCCUGCAAUCUCGUCGUGGAUGGUUUCAGUUUACGUCUUCCUAUAUGGUCUGAAGGUUCCGAACGUGAGCACCAGGAAGUUGUCAUUGCACACCUCCUCGACGAUCGGGUUUUCCCCCCAAAUUUUGUCAUGAGACUGGGCACAGACAACCUGUGGUAUUUCCUUGAAAAUGAGGUAGUUCUGAACGUCAUUUUAGACACUGCUCAGGAGCUCAAACUCUUCCGGUACCUGGAGGAUCUUAAUAGUCUCGCUUGCGCUGCUGCUGCUGCAGUUUGCUGUGGCUUGGAGAGGGUGAGGGGCAGAAUAUCCUCUGAUGCCGAAUUUUCGGGCGCAGCUUUCAAAGACUUGUAUACGAGACUGAUGAAUUACAUUAAGGAGACGAUCGAGAAGUCCCCUGUUUUGCGGAAGCGAUGGGAGGACUUCAAGAAGGCUAUUAUGGCUAGAUUGGCUCAAUUGGCUCAGUGA